UUACUCGGAUUGUCUGCACCUCUGUUCUGUGCAGAAGUUUCCGGAUCGAUGUGAGCUGUAUCUUUAUUUGCAUCUACAUUCAAUCAUACCUCGACCACUUACCAGGAUGUCCUCCGCCGUCUCACACCAGGACGGUUCCGCCGUGUUACGGCCACGUGCUGUUCCUGACGCAAGGAAAGUCGAAGACGUUUUGCUCUCUUCACAAAUAGAGAAGCUGGACACCGAAUCGAGCGGUCACUCGACUCCUAUCCCUGAAGAUGCACCCCCGUCUGCGCAUUCGAUAUCGACCGCCAGGAAACAGGCCAGGGCUCGCAACCGACUUUUUUACACAAUUCAUUAUGUCCCCCGUGUGUCGCACUUUGACCCGCGAAGCGAUUAUCAUAAUUUCCGUGGUUUCUUCACACUCUUCUGGAUAGGCUUGUUUAUCAUGGUGGUGACAACGGUGCUGCGCAACAUCAAGGAUACCGGCUAUCCUCUCAGAGUGAGGGUAUGGAGUCUUCUGACCGCAAACGUAUGGUCUAUGGGAUUUAGCGAUAUUGCUAUGGUCUGCACCAGUGGGCUCGUUAUCCCCCUCCAGUAUCUGUCUAGGACCAACGGCCCGUUCCGGUGGGAAAGAGGGGGUAUCGUUUUGCAGAGUAUCUUUGAAGUGGUCUGGCUUGGUGUAUGGAUUAAGUGGCCAUUUAUGCUGCGCUGGACAUGGACUGCGCAGGUCUUCUUCACACUGCACACCCUGACUAUUCUCAUGAAGAUCCACUCUUACGCCUUCUACAACGGUCAUCUGAGCGCAACAGAGCGUCGACUCUCAGAAUUGGAUAAGCCUGGUUCGCAACCAACAGGUGAGGCUGUUCGGUAUCCUGAGGUGCCCACUUCCAAGCAGCCACUGCGACGACCUAGUAUCCAUAAGCGGUCAAACUCAGUUGCGCAACUGCGCGACGACCUAGCUACUGAGUUAACUUCGCCAAUGGGCAAUGUUACGUAUCCCCAGAACCUUACGCUCUACAACUACGUCGACUUCAUCUUCUGCCCCACUCUCUGCUACGAGCUCGAGUAUCCCCGCAGCAAAGAAAGGUCGUGGAUGGAAGUCGGAUACAAGACCCUUGCAGUAUUUGGGUGCAUCUUCCUCUUGACGCUUGUGAGCGAAGAGUUCAUCCUGCCUGUCCUCGCGGAGGCCGGCGUCCGCUUACAUGCCGCCAACACACCUUCAGACAAGGCUCUCAUCAUGGCUGAAGCAAUAAGCAUGCUUCUUUUCCCCUUCAUGAUCACAUUCCUGCUUGUCUUCCUUGUCAUCUUCGAGUACGUCUUGGGCGCAUUCGCGGAGCUAACUUGCUUUGCCGAUCGUCACUUCUACUCGGACUGGUGGAACUCUUGCGACUGGCUCGAAUUCUCCCGCGAGUGGAAUGUCCCCGUUCAUCACUUCCUCCGCCGCCACGUCUACUUUUCCUCUCUAUCACACUUCUCCAAGCCCGUCGCCAUGUUCAUCACCUUCCUUGUCAGCUCGAUCUUCCACGAGCUCGUGAUGAGUUGCAUUACAAAGAAGCUGCGCGGAUACGGCUUCCUCGCCAUGAUGCUCCAGCUGCCGAUUAUCGCCAUCCAGAAGUCGAAGUACUUCCGCCACAAAACAACUCUCAACAAUGUUUUUUUCUGGCUUUCGAUGAUUUUCGGUCUUUCCUUGAUGUGUACAUUAUACGUCCUUGUCUAGAGCUUGCUUACAAGAAUUAUUAGUUCCUGCACUUACACGAACCCACUCCCCACAUUCUUUGUUCUUCCUUCCUUACAAGCAAUAUACCCGACUACAUUAUUCCUUACUCAUAUCCCCUAUCACUAUACCUUUGUAUUCUAGGGUGCCGUUGACUGGAGUGUGUUGAUUUGUUGCAAGAUUGUUUUCCUUGUGGAUCUGAACUGUAAGUUUCGUUCAAUUUCUUUUCUCCUUUUUUCUCUUUUAAUGGUACUGUUUUCACUCAAAACACUGUCUGUUCUCGUAGGAGUUACGGUUAGAAGCCUCAAGGUGAUAGGAUGUGUUUCGACAAGGGUUGUGUCUCCCAUUCCAAACCUUUAUAUGUGUUUUGUUUGGAAAAUCGCGACCAGUAGAAUCAUAUGUGUAUAUAUUUGCUCACGAGAAACACUCAACGAACCUCAAUGCAAAGUAAAUAAUAGUGUCCAAAAUAACCGAGCACCCAAGUAUCCAAAACGCCGAAUGCCUUAUAGCACUAAGAGUUUGGGUGUAAAAACCGAAACGAUCAGGCAUAUAAUAGAUAUUCAAUGACGAAUAAUGAAAAAGGAGUGGAAAUGAGGGUGCGGCGAGAACACAAUUGCUUAGCGGUCUAAUUGUGCUCAAUGGGAUCCUCAGGCAGAAGAACCCUUCCUCUACCUUCUCUAGGAAGGCAAGCCUUCAGCGGUGGGCGGACGAUAUCGUUGAACAAGAAUGUUCCAUAAACAAGCAGAGCGAACCCAGCUACCUGCAGCCAUUUAAAGGUUUCCCACCCU